UCAACACACACACACACACACUCAACAUCUUGAGUAGUUUAGAGCCAGUCCACGACAACAUGAGAGGAGUGAAAGCAGAGGAUGUGUGUGUGCGUAUGAGUGUGUAAUGAGAGUUAAAGCAAAGUGACUUCUGUUUUUUGGUGAGGGCUGGUGGCUGAGUGUGUCUGCGUGAGAGAGGAGAGAGAAGCAGAGUAGAUGUGUGUCUAUGUUGUUGAACAAGACGCUGCUGGGUGUGAUGGCUCUUUUGCAUUAGUACUUGUGCGGACAGGAGAGUUGGAGACCGUUGUUUUGUGGGAAUCGCAAGGAAUGGCAAACUCCACGGUAUCCUUGGAAACAUCCGACUAAAUGAUAAUGGCUGAGGCUAUCUGCUGCACUUUGGUGAACUGUAACUGUGACAGCUUUAAGCCCGGAAAGCUGAAAAGAAGGCAGUGCGAAAACUGCAAGCAUGGCUGGGUAGCACACGCCUUGAGCAAACUUAAGGUGCACCACAUGUACCAGAGCAGCCAGGUGGAGAUUGUGCACUCCAACGUGGUGUUCGACAUCUGCAGCCUGAUGCUGUUUGGAACCCAAGCCAUCCCCAUUCGCCUCAAGAUCCUCCUGGACCGGCUCUUCUCUGUUCUAAAGCAGGAGGAGGUCAUCCAGAUCCUCAAUGCCCUUGACUGGACCCUGCAGGACUACAUUCGAGGAUACGUGCUCCAGGAUGUCGCGGGAAAGGUACUAGACAGGUGGGCUAUCAUGACGUUCGAGGAGGAAAUCGCCACCCUACAACAGUUUUUGCGUUUUGGUGAGACCAAGUCCAUUGUAGAGUUGAUGGCUCUGCAGGACAAGGAAGGCCAGGCUGUGUUGGUUCCAAGCACCCGCACCAACUCAGAUAUCCGCACUUUCAUUGAGCGCAACACCCCACGCACUGUUGCCAGCCUCUCCACAUCCAAAGCCAAUAAAUUAAGCAGUAACAGCAUGCACCACUUUGAGAACUUUAUCAAUAGCAUGGCCUUCAUGCUGCCAUUCCAACUAUUAGGCUCUGUUCCUGCACCAUUUCUAGGCUCACCAACAGGGCCACUGCAGCAGCAGCAACACCAACAACACCAGCAGCCAUGCUGUGGGUCCUUGGAGCAGCAGAGUCAAAGACGAGAUGAUCUAGAGCAGGAUGACCUAGGGAAGGACAACACUCUUUCACGACAUCCAGAAAGCAGUCUGCGAUGUUCCAGCUCUCUCUCAUUCACAACUGAUCGAGAAAGAGGUGGAGACAAACUUAUCAACAACCUCUCCACCACCACAAAGAUUGAGGCAGAAGACUUCUCCACUAGCGACAACUACUCUGACGGACCCUCCACGCCAUGCACACCUUCCAUGAGCUCUGAUGUAACACAAAUGUCACCUGAGGGGAAACUGCGCUGCUUGGACAGGAACGGGAGCAAUUGUGUGGGGGUCUCAGGGAGUGGUGGGUGUAUAGGCUCCCUGAAGAAGGGUCGUGUAUAUUGUAAUGCCUGUGAGAAAACGUUUUAUGAUAAAGGCACACUGAAAAUCCAUUACAAUGCAGUGCACCUAAAGAUUAAGCACAAGUGUACAAUUGAGGGCUGCAAUAUGGUGUUCAGCUCCUUGCGCAGUCGCAAUCGCCAUAGUGCUAACCCAAACCCACGGCUUCAUAUGCCCAUGAAUCGCAACAACCGUGAUAAAGACCUGCGGGGCAGCAUAUCACCUGAUGAAAGCUCUCAAGGAGAAAAGAGGUCUGAAUAUGGCACACCCAUCCCUGUCUGCUCUGCAGAAAGCCAUAAAUCUGUGUCCAGCUACAUGGUGAGCCAUGUAGAUAUUGGCUCAAAGCUCCACAGUAGCUCAUUCCCCAGCAUGGGCCAGAGUGGCAUCCUCUUUCCCAACUUGAAAACAGUGCAGCCAGUUCUGCCUUUCUACCGCAGUCUAGUUACUCCAGCAGAGCUUGCCAACACCCCAGGAACAUUACCCUCUCUUCCUAUUUUGUCCUCCUCUGUACCAGUCAAACCCAUCACAGCCCUUGAACCCUGCAUUACAGACCCGAUACCAAAGAAAAAGUCACGGAAGUCGAGCAUGCCAAUAAAGAUAGAAAAGGAGGCAGUCGAAAGAGAUGAUCGGAUAGAUAAGGAGAGCAGCUCUGAGGAUGACAUUCCCUUACAUAGCAGGGACCAGGAAGAGUGUGAGAGUAUCAAAGCUGAAGGGCCUAUGUGUACAAGAGCAGGUGGAGAGGAGAAGGAGUUGAGCGGGGCUUACACUUGUGAAGUAAAGGAGAGGGACAUCCCCAAAAACCUGUUGGACCAUACCUUAGAUAGAGAAAUGAAAGAGAGGAACAACCAAGAUGAUAGGCCAAGGCAAGCUGAAACACAGGUAGUCACCCGUGCAUCCUCCCCCUUUGAAAACAGACUGAUGGAGAACCACUGUGAAAACAAUUUACUAUGUCAUGAAGCCAAUGAAGAAAGGGUAGACAGGGAACAUGCAAACUCACUACAUGCACCUGACACAUUUUCAGAGCUCAAGUGGGACGAGGGUGAGCAUAGGGUGAAAAAUGGGGGCACUCUCCAGCUCAUAGACCAAGUCAGGGAAGAGGCUGAUGGGUGUGUUGAUGAUUAUAGUGACUCAGGGUUAUCUCACUAUGAACCCGAUGCUGACCUGCCACACCACUGUGAAAUUUGCAGUAAGACCUUUAAGAACCCCUACAGUGUCAAGAUGCACUACCAAAAUGUCCACCUGAAGGAGAUGCAUAUGUGCACAGUGGAUGGCUGCAAUGCUACCUUCCCCUCACGCAGGAGCCGAGACAGACACAGUGCAAAUUUGAACUUGCACCACAAGCUACUGACCAAAGAAUCCUUUAGCCCAGCCAGCACACUAUACCUGCCCUCAUCCCACAGUAGAGACAGAGAGUCUGUUUGCCUGGACUACAGCCAGGACCGGGAUAGAGACCUACCCCAUCGAGACCCAACCAGCCACACCUCUGUCAUCUUCCGAGGACACAACCGAAUGGGUCUGGUCUUCCCUAUGAGCAAAAUGUGUACUGCACCAGACAGUGCAGAGACAUUGCCCUUAGGAGAGAUGGACGGAUUAGGAGGGGGAGGGGGUGGAAGUGGGGAGGAUGGGGCUGUCCUGGACCUAAGCACCUCUUCUUCUGCCCCACCCCGUGGCAGCAGCAGUGCAAGAUCUUCCUGGGAUUCCGAUGGAGCCGGCAGUGAGGAAAGGGAAGGGAUUGGGGAGAAUGAGGAAAUUCUCCCCAUGGAGGACAGUGAUGAAAGCUGCGAUGGGAUUGGUAUGGGAAGGCCUGGGGGCGAAGAGUUGUCAUUCGGGGGGGAGAGGACCCUCAGCAGUAUUGUGGGAGGACAAGGCGGGCUUCAGGGAAGUGGGGGUGGAUCUCCAAUAACCUGCCACAUCUGCCAAAAGGUCUAUAGCAACAAGGGCACAUUCAGAGCCCAUUACAAGACUGUCCAUCUACGACUGCUUCACAAGUGUAAAGUCCCUGGCUGUGAUACUUCUUUCUCCUCUGUGAGAAGCAGAAACAGGCACAGCCAGAACCCGAACCUGCACAGGAACCUUGCUGUCAGUUCAGGUGCCCUAAUGGACCAGGAGUAGGGUCUUAAGAUCAUUCCCACAUGACUGAUUUCCUUUGUUCUAUUUGUCUUGUUGUUGUUGUUGAUGUUGUUGUUUUCUUUUGGGGCGCCUAAAAAGGCUAACCAAUUAGCACUUUUUAGAGUCUGUAAUAUCAUGAUGUAAUAUUUUGUAAAAACCAAGAGCAAAAAAAAGAAAGUCCAAUCAGAAUUUUAUUUGUUGCAGCAAACACAAUCUCCUUUUGGAACAAUCACCUUUGUCUGCGAAUCUCAAUAUUUCAUUGUAACGCAGUACUGAUUUAUACCUAUUCCUUUUCCUUAUAGCCCAGUUUAUACAUAAAAAAAUGGCUGUAUUGUCCAAAUAAGAGUUGAAUCAUGUCACUGUACCCUGAGACGUUUGUUUUUCCAGUUUUUUUUGUCGUCAGAUGUCCACAUUGUCCCUGUGAAGCUGUGCAUUAUGCAUUGAUCAAACGCAGUAGUGAAGUGACGUCUUCAUCUGAUGUUUCAUUCGUGUGGACAAUGGUCUUCAAAAGAGUCUUUGUUAAAAAGCUUUCAUGUUGUGAACUUGACCAAUAAGUUAUUGUAUGGUGUUGACCUUAUCUGUCUUUACUGUUUUAGUUGUUCCACACUGCUAAUGUUUACCAAAGAUUUUUUCCGACCACAGGUGUGUAUAUAAGGUUCCUCAUAUUGUGUGAGGGGUGUUCAGUAUUAAAAGGAGGCCAGCCAGUCUUCUCUCGUCUACUUUGUGAUUAUCAGCAGUAUUUAGACUUGGGCUCUAUUGUAACAUACAAUGAUAUUCACAAAAUAAACCAACAUAUUAACAAAAACCUUUGACUGAUCAGGGUGAAAGAAAUCUGGAUAUUGCUGAUGUUUCAUUAUGAAACGUGCUCAUGGGACUAGACUUGAUUAAGGCAGUGCUCUUGUAUUGUCUUUGGGGUUUCUUGCAGUAUCUUGACUGACUAAACAAACAGACGGAAGUAAUGCUGUAUUUGGAGACUACAGAAGCAUAUACUAUGAAUGAGUCAGACACUGAGAAAUAACAAUGGAAAAAUGUAAUUUUUAAUGAUGAUCACACUGUUAAAGGAACGGGUGAACAAAAUGUUUAUUAAAUUGUAUAUUCUGUGAAUAGAGUAAUUUGUUAUUUGAAAGAAACCAAAAAAAAUAUACUGUAUAAAAUAGGUAAGGUUCACCAUUAAUAUUAUACGUUUUCCCUUUAAAAAAAUAAAAAAUGAGUGAACAAGAAAUUGUGUUGUAUUUGUAUGAUUACUUCACCACGGUUUACCGUUCUGGUUUUUCUCUAUAUUCUGCAUUUUUUGUUUCAUUCUGUAUUUAAAUGCAGUGGACCCAAUUUAAGAUCCUGUUUGUUGGUUGUUUGGAUUAGUUUAAAAAAGGAGCGAAAAACCCACCCAUGUUGAUAGGUGUUCAUGUUUCCUUUGAUUUAAUGUUACAAUAUUCAUUCGAAUUAAAUAAAAAGCCAUAUGUUUGCAA